AUGACUUAUCUGGUAUUUGUUUAUGAAAAUAAGAAAUUAUAUUUACAAAGUAUUUCUAAAAAAGCAUGUGAAAUAUUUGGUUGGGAUUAAUUGUAAUUUUCUUAAUUAAAAGAUGCAAAUGUACUUCUUCCAAAUUGUAUUAGAGAAACUCAUGAUUAAGAAAUUGAUAAAUUUUUAUAAACAGGAAAAGGAUUAUAUUUUAGAACAAAGGGAAUAAAUUUUUGUUAAUGUAAAACUGGAUAUUUGUAACCAAUCCAUUUUUUUUAUGAUAUCCAAUUCGAUUAAAAAUCUUUUUUUUAAUUUAUUUCUUUUAUUUAAAAGCUUGAAACUCCUUUAGCAAUUUUGGUAGUUGAUGAGAAUGCAAAAAUCUAAGGAGUUAGUAAAGAUUUUUUUAAAAUGAUGAAUUUCUCAUAAUUAGUGACGGAUGCAUUUUAAAUUGAAAAAUUACUAUAUGGUUUACCAUCUUCAUUAUUUUUUUAACUAACUUAAUUUACAACAGAAUCUGCAACAAAAUCAAUAAUUACUUUUCCAAAUGAAGAAUAAUGUUUUCAAAUGUAAAGUUAAAGUUUAGCAUAAAAAAUAAAUAUAUGUAAAUAAAGACAUUCUUAAAAUCUUUUUGAAGUAUAAGGUGACAUUUAAAUAAGAAAAACAUAUAGUAUUAUUAGAAUUUAUAGAAUGAUGGAAUGUGAACCUUCAAUUUAAACUUAAAAACAAAUAGAAUAUUAUAAUUCUGGCGAAUUACCAUCUUUAAUAAACGAUGAAGAUGCUGUAAUUAGUCCAUAUGAUGAAUGUUUCUAAUUUUUUUCUCCUUUAAAUGAAAAUCAUUAAAAUCAUUCAAACUAAUACUUUUUAAGAUCAACAUAGAAAUAGAGCACAAAGAAAAUAUUAUUGAUUGAAUCAAAUAUUUAAAAUAGUCUCUCAUAAUUAGUAGAAAAUGAAUAAUAAACAAUUAAAAUGUUAGGAAAUAUUUACUCUAAUUAAUAAGAAGAUGAUACAGUUUCAUUUUAAUAAGAAGCAUAAUCAAAUGCAUCUUAUGAAGAAUUAAGAAAGUCUCGUUUCUAUAAAAAAUACUGUCUAUAUCAUACUGUAGUAAAUUCUGAUGGAACAUAACCUCAUAUUCUUAAAUCAGCAAUUAAUUUACUUAUGGUUUUGUUUGUCAUUUUGAUAUUUAUUGUAUUGGUAUUAUUAUUUAAAUAUAUUUAGUUUUCGAUUUUAAAGGCAUAUGAUCUUUAGAAAGUAACAUUGUAUUAUGACUAAAUUCAAAUAAAUCAUUUUUUUAUAGAGCCAAUACAUAAAUUUUUUUUAGCAAGAUUUACAGUUUAAGAUUACUUCUUUCUCAGAUAUUAAAAUAAGAUUUCUGAGGCUGAAAAUCAAUUUUAUCAAUCCUUUUCUUUAGCAAAUAUUAUUAGAGAAUAUUAAGUUAUGCGUAUUAAUUUUUAAGAACAUUUUUAGUAAGAGAAAUUUCAAUAAUACUUAUUUAAUUAAUUUAUGGUUGUUAAAUAACAAACUCUCCAUUAUAAUCCUAUAAAUACAUCAAAUUAUAAUAUUACAGUGUAAUCAGCUUUUUCUUUAUUAUUAGAUGCAUUUUAUAAAUAAUAAUUAAUUUAUGUGAAUUAAUUUAAUGUUAACAUUUAAGGAGUAGCACCACAUUAAACAUUUUAAUACUUAAAUUAUAUCAAAUUCAUAACUAUUUUUGAUGAUAUCUCAAAUGAUAUAUAUUAUCAAUUUUUGAAUUAAACGAAAGCUACCCAAAAUUUAUGGAUAUUCCUUUGUUUUCCAACAUAAAUGAUUUCAAUAAUUUUUCUUAUUGGAUCUUUGCUUUACCUUAAACACUUUAAAAAAAUUAUAGAUAGAUUUAUUAAUCUAAGAUCGUAUACUGAUCUCUCAAGUAUAAGUAAAGAUUUGAAAAGACUUUCUUUUUUAAUCAAUCAUCUCAAAUCAGACUCAGAUAUGAUCUACAAAUAUAGAUUUAAUUUAAAUGCAAAAGAAUCUAUGAUAAUGGAAAAGAUGAGAGGCAAAAAUAAUGUUAAAGAUGAAUCCUUAUAUCAUAAAUCAACUCCAAUAUUAAAGUUAAUUCUCAGUUAUUUUAUUAUAUUUAUUACUUGUGCUGGAAUUGUAUUGACUUUAACCCUUAUCAUAACAUCAUUUUAUUAACUAUUUCCUAAAACAUUAAAUUAUUUUAAAUUAUUCUCUGAUAUUGGAGUCUAUAUACCAGCAGCAUUUUCACAGAAAGAACUUUUAUACUUUUGGAAUAGAUUUUAAUUCUUUACACCAGAAGAUAGAGUUUAAAUUAUGGAAUAAGUAUCAAUAGGUAUUUAGAAAAUUAAUUCUUUUAUAUCAACUGAUGUUAAAUUAGAUGAUUUUCAAUUUUCCAAUGAUUUUUUAGCUUAUUUUCAAAAAAUUGGUGAAACAAAUUUAUGCCCAUUAUUAAAUGAAGUAUAUAUUCAUAUUUAUUUUACAGAGUAAUUAUGUUGAAUUUGAUUACUUUUGUGAAAAUUCAAAAAAUGGUAUUUUGAAGAGAGGUCUAUUACCAACUUUAAGUGAUUUUAAUUAUUAAUUAAAAUAUGAAUUAGAUACUGGAUUAGUUAAUAGAACUAUAGUUCCAAUCGAAGAAUUAGAAGCAGUUUAUCUCUGUUCAGAGGUAAUAAGUUCAUUAUGCGAUUAAAUGUUAUAAGAUAUUGUAGAUCAAAUAAAUAAAUUAGAUAACAUAUUAAAUGUAAUUUCUAUAAUUAUUUCUAGUGGUUAUUAACCUCUGCUUUUAUAUUACUUGUUUUAGCAUGUUUAGUUGUUUUAUUUAAAUUCUAUCCUAACAUGAAAAAUAAAUUAAGAUAUGUGAGAAAAAUUACAUAAGUUUUUCCAUAAGAUACAAUGUUUUUGAAUGAUUAUUUGGAAAGAGAGCUCAGAAAAAUAUUAAUUACAGAUUAAAUUUUUUGA